UUUUUUCUUACAAUUGCCCUCUUCCCAAAUCCAUCAAAACCAAAUAAAAAUAAUAAUAAAAACUUAACUACAAGUUUCCGUGAUACGCUUGCAGUUGUUGUUCUCAGUCUGCGAUCAACAAGGUCUUCCUCGUUCAACUAAACAACGAGAUGGAGGGGUCUGUUUUCACUCCUGCAUUGGAAGGAAUUAAGCUUGUAAAAUCGGAGCAAGGAGAAAUUCUGACUCAACCUUUUUUGGAUGCUUGCAAGCAUAUACUUCCUGUUAUUGAUAAGUUUGGAGCUUCUAUGGCCCUUGUUAAAUCUGACAUUGGUGGCAACAUAUCGAGAUUGGAAACUAAGUAUGCCUCAAAUCCGACCCGAUUCAAUUACCUGUACACUUUGGUACAAGUUGAGAUUGAAACUAAUACGACUAAGUCAUCAUCCAGUUGUACCAAUGGACUUCUGUGGCUCACAAGAGCAAUGGAUUUCUUGGUGGCCUUGUUCCAAAACUUAGUUGAGCAUGCAGAUUGGUCAAUGGCACAAGCCUGCACAGAUUCAUAUAACAAAACUCUAAAGAAGUGGCAUGGCUGGCUUGCUAGUUCAAGCUUCUCUGUAGCAAUGAAACUUGCUCCUGAUAGAAAGAAAUUCAUGGAUGUGAUACAAGGCACUGGUGGUGAUAUCAGUGCUGAUAUACAGAAAUUUUGUGCCGACUUUUCUCCUCUCCUUGAAGAGAAUCACAAGUUCCUGAGUCGUUGUGGUUUGGAUGAUAUGAAGGCGUCAUGAAGUGAUGGACUCAUGAU